GUCGGAGACCCGCAAUUUAUAAGCUAUUGCGGUACACUACAAUUCUCAUUGAUGAGUGUGCUCUAGAGACGAGUAGAUUGAGAUCGAGAAAGUGUGUAAUAACCCUGACCAGGACCAAUAUAAAGACUGGUAAUAAUUUUGGGGGCUUUAAUUCAGGACAUGCCUUCUUACAGGAUUGACUCUUCAAGAGCAAUACCCAACACACAGUUACUACUCACGGACAUUUUUCCUCGAUUGCAAAAAUCGUAGUGUGAGAACUAACAGUAAAUAGUUAUUUUGUAUAUCGGAAAUAAUUCCCUAGCUUAUCUGAUGCUUAUUUAACCAAGCACAGUAGAAAAUUAAUUUACGUAACUAAACGCAUCAAUUUUUGAACUUCUGAUCGCAAAUAAUGUAAUUAGUGUCACAACUAUAUUCUAUAUAUUAUGCAUUCAUCCUUCAGCUGAUUCAUCUAAAAAGUAAGGCCAAAAAUAAUGUCAGAUGACAGUGAUGCCUUUGCUAGUGCAGAUGAAAGUAUCCAUAUUAGUGUUGAAGCGAACAACCCAGUGAAAAAUCAUCUACAGUCUAAUUUUAAAGAGAACGUCGAUAAUCACGACUAUAGUAAUCCAAAUAUUUUAUCUAAGCAACUUGCAAAUCCAGCGUCAUCGACAAAAAAGUCAAAUGUAGUUGAAUCAAGAAAGAAAACUGCCAAACAAACGAAAUUACAAUCUGUGCCCAAAAAGUUUGAAAAAGUUAAUGAAACACCGUUGAAUAUCAACUCAAAGAAAAAUCUUGGAGAAGUCACAUCUGUCGGGUUUAGCGCUAAUAAAAAUGAAAAACAUGACCAACAACUUUCAUCUUUCCGUCCUUCCAAAAAGUUUGAGGGGCCAGUAAAAUGUGUAAAAUCUAAAAUGGAGAGAGUAGGUUCAAAUGAAGGGAAUAAUUUCGUAGAUAAACGAAGUGAUUUUCCGAUCAGUAAUAAAGAGGAACAAGUUAUUAAUGAUGACACCAAUAAAUGCUCCAAAGUGAGCGAAUUCAUAACUGAACAACUCCCUGUAAUAGCAGAUAUUAUAAAUCCCAUCACAUCACUUCAACUUCAUUCUGAAACAGAUAAACUUUCGACAGUUGAAUCUUCAACAGAAGUAGAUUUCACAACUUCAGUUGCUCCAAACAUCCCACGUGGUCAGGGUAAUGGGAUGAGUUCACUUGUUGUGCUAGGGGAUGUAAUAAAAGGAAAUUCACCAUAUGACGAAGUACUAAAACGAAGAGUUGAAGUACAAUCUGGAGAGGAAAGCGAAAGGAAAGUAAUAUUAGAUACAUGGAACAGUGUUUGGAAUACAUCGUGGACUAAUGACGAUGACAAUCGAGAGGAAGAUGACGACAAUGAACAGAGUGGUGGCUGGGAAGUAGACUUUCUGGAGGAAUCAGGCGAUAUAUCUGAAUCACAGUCAAGCAACAUAAAUUACUCAAUGUUUAAAAAUUCGAAGAGUCUUGACUCAACUAACAAUUCUUCAUGUGGUAGCCAGAUUUCGUCAAACAUAGAAAAGCGCGAUGUAGAACAAAAGACAAGUAGCAGCAAUUUUUCAUGGGGUUGGAGUGGUCUAUCUUCAUUCGGCCAACAAUUGACCUCUUCACUACAAGCAACUAGUUUAAAUUUAGUACAAGGAGGUGUCGAUGUUCUGGAAUUAAUCGGACGUAAAACGAUGUCUGUAUUGGCUGAAAAUGAUCCUGGUUUCAACUAUACCAAAAAGUUUUUACGUCCACCAAAUGCUGUUAAUAAUUGUCCAAAUCUUUCUAAGUUGCUGCGUGAAGCUUAUGAAUUGCAUACAUCUACCGAAUCAAGUAGUCAAAAACCCAACAAACAAAAAUGCGGUGAUUUCACUCAUCAACUGGAGUGUUCUCGUGCAUUACUUCAUUUAGAAUCAUUGGAAUUAGUUAGUGAACAAGCCAGUAAUCAAUUACACACUCGUCUAGAUUCUUUAACAAUGGAUACUACUGAUAAUGAUAAUCUAUUUGAAGCAAUAUGGACUAAUUUAAAUUUGGAUGAAGUAGAAAAUGAUGAUACUGAUGACGAAUACGAUGUGGAUAAUCACGAUCGCAGCACUGCUGCCAACAGGAUUUCUCCAACAUAUAGUUCAUAUGCAUCGAUAAUGAAGAAAUUCAAAACUAAACUCCCUAACGAUUAUAAUCUUGACAAAGAUGAUAAAUCUGAUCAACAAUUGCCAGAGAAUUUAAGUAGUCGAACUGUUCAAUUAUGGUGCAAAAUAACUGAAACAUCUGAUUGUUUAAACUCAAUUUAUCCAAAUGGACGAUUUUUAGAAGCUAUAACUAAUGUUUGGAAAAUGUGCGACUUCGAUAAGUCGGAAAAGUUAUCGACUGAAGAAAUUUACUUUCAAUCCAUUUCUUCAUUGGCACAAUUCACUUCGGCCUAUUUAGAAUAUUUACAUAAAUUCUCUGAGUGUAUUUUAGUUCACGUACAUAAUACUGAUAUAGAUUUUGUAGAAUUAUCACAAAUCUUAGCUUGCUUCUUCCGAAUCUCUGUUGAAGCUCAAGCUUGCCUUUCUCAAGAAUUCAUUAGAAAUAUAAAAAGUUUACAUGCGAAAAAUUCAACAGAAGUAUUUGAACAAGAAGGGUCAAAUUCUAACGUUGCUACCACUAUCACGACCCAACUAUCAAAAAGUCAAUACAUUUCAAAUUUAUUGUUAGAAUGUAGUAAUGCACAAAAUUAUUUAAAAAAUGCAUCAAAUCUUUUAAUACCUGUUCUUCAAUUAGCUUGUUUAAAUCUUAAGUACCCAUCUAUUUUGCUCACACAAAAAAACUAAGAACAAAGAAUAACUGUUUCAUUUAAUCGUUUCUCCACUUCCGAUGAUUCCUUUUUCUGUUUUGUGUGUGAAACGGUUUGUUUUUCUAACACAGAAAAAUGAUUCUCAGUCAGUAUUUCGUGAUGAGAAACCAAUAAAUAACUAUUUAAUUACUGA